AUGGAGCUGCUACUUGGGAAGUUACCUUUGGGGAUUCUGCUGCUCCAACUGAUGCUCCUCGUCUCCCCGGCGAUGAUGCAGCAGAACUUGUUCUACCAUCCCCGCCAGCUUUACUACGAUUCGCCCCGUCUCCGAAGAUUCGAGUACGCCGUCCCAGUGGCUCCUCCGCCCCUGCACUACCAGCAGCAAACGCCCCACUUUCAGCUGGUCAACUACCGGCCCAGCUAUCAACCCUUGGCCUUGGAAUACCAACAACAGCAGGUGCCUGCUCCGGCUCCACCCUUGCCACCCCUGUAUACGCAGCAGAGUGUCCAGUACCAGCAGCGGGCCAUAGCCCCAUCUCAUGCAGAGCUGGCCAAGUAUCGCUACGAGGGCAACUACCUGCCAGUGCAGCCCCAGCGUCGCGUCGAGGAGCAACUGCAGCAGCAGCAACAUCAGCAGCAACAGCAAGUGUUGCAACAGCAGCAGCAGCAACAACAACAGCUCUUCAACGUGCCUCCGGCUCUCUUUACCAGCGAUGUGCUUCAUGUGAUACCUCCACGGAUCGCCAGGUUGCAGGAGCAGCAGCAGCAGCCCUCCCAGCCUCUUCAAGCGGAGCGGCCCAGGAGGUUUGCAAAUAAUCAGGACACUGAUGUGGCCGAGUCCAGGAGUCAGAGCGAUGGAACCAAAAAGGAAACCAAAUAUUUUCAUGACAUUUUCAUGCGCUUCGAUGGCCCCCACUCGCGUAGUCACGGUCACGUCUUGAAGCACCCCAAGGUCCAGGAACGCCGCUUCGAGUCGCAGCGAAGCACGAACCGCUACAAGGGCGAGGUGAUAUGGACCGAUCGUCAAGGCGGCCACGGCGAGCACCGCUGGGACAUGGCUCAGGGAAAACUCUGAAUCUAAAUUUGCAUACUUCCAUUACCACUUUCACGUCUUCGCUCUGUAAAUACCCAU